AGUGUACAGUGUGGGCGGGUAGUAGGGUGUGCGGCAGUGACGCCGGGAACCGGAGACUAUAUUAGUUCGGAGCUCUAAGAUUUUAACUCAGUAAAGGCAGCUCUUAUCUUGAUAAAAGGGGAUUUCUUUGCCGGAUUUACUUUAAAGCUAAUAAUGAAGAUGUCACGUUUCAGUCAUAAAUUUCUCCUGACCCUGGUGUUUGCCACUGUCGUGCUGGCUGUCCAUUCUACAGAGUGGCCGAAAAGCUCAUCAUCCAAUGAACUGGAAGCAUCUGGCAGCUAUACUGAAGAUGACGAAGAUGAUUCCUUUUACUCUGGUUCCGGUUCUGGUUCUGGUUCUGGUGAUGGCUUUAUGCUGGAAAAUAGCUAUUUUGCUGCAGAGUACACAAAAACAAUUCCUUCAACAGCUCCUAGCAGUUCACACUACUCAAGCCAAAAACCUGUAACUGAGAUCUCAAGCCAAGAUGUAUUGAAAGAUUUAAGCACAGUCCAAGUACAUCCUGAUGUGCUGGUUUUUAACACCACUGCUGACACAACAUUGACCACCACCCCUACGUCUUCCACUACUGUUUUAAAAAACAGUGAUGAGCAUGUUUCUGAAUUCACAACUAACAAUUUCCUACCAAAGGGUGCUAAUGCCAACUAUGACACUACUGCUACUGUUACUCAAAUGCAUAGUGCUUCUCAAAUGCAUACAACUAGAUCUAACAUUGCUCCCAGGAUACUUGUCCAUACAGCUGCUGUCGUCAAAGGAGAAUCCUUUACGGUGCCAAGUGUGAUUGCAGCAAAUGAAAUAACUACAACAGGACCAACGGAAGAUAAUAUAACUGAGGAGGAUACAACGAUAAUAGCGGAUUUGAACAGUGAAGAUGCAAUGAACGAGUAUUUCGACAAUGGAACAGCGGAUAGAAUUAUUGAUGAGACAAUAAAUCGAGUUGAAGCAAUUUUAGUCAAUCAACCAAACGAGCAACUGUCGCAUGAAAACAGUACACCUCAGAGUUUUUUGGAAAGGCGUGAAUUAUUGGCAGGUGCUGUUGCUGGAGGAUUUGUGGGACUCAUGAUUGCUGUUUUGCUGAUAGUAGCGUUGGUAUAUCGAAUGAAGAAAAAGGAUGAGGGAAGCUACACGUUGGAUGAAUCUAAGCAACCCAAUGGAGGCUACCAAAAGCCACAAAAGCAAGAAGAGUUCUAUGCCUAACUUAGUCCUACAAAUUCUGCAUUCUUCUUUUAUGCCAUAAGAUCAAAUUGUAUGUUUUUUCCUUUCUUUUCGCCUGCCUUACAAAAUGCAUCGGAAAACUGCCAUUCUAGUCUUGAUCUCUGUGAUAGUUGUACUUUCUGACAUUUUUGAGACAGGCAGAGAUAAUGUACUUGUUUAAUGGGAAAUAUUGCAAUUUGGCUUCUCAGGCAAGAAGACUUGGUUAAACUUUCACUUCAGUUUUUAUAUUCUGGUGGAUAACAAAGUUAGGCUUUAAUUUGGAUUAAAAAAAAAUUGGGCAUCUACAGUACUAAAUUGUAAAGCUGCAAAAUGUCUACACAUGUAAAUUUUUGUAAUGUAAAAAUAUUUACUAAAUGGGAGGGACGGAAGGUGACAAAGAGAUACUGAUGUGAUUUCAAACUAUAUGAAAGCUUAUAUGUAUCUAAUUAUAUAGGUAUAUAAUAUAGAGAAGACAGCUUGGCUAUGCAUUUGUUUAUAUUUUGUGUUGUAAAAUGUGAUUAACUGAGAAAAUGCAUUACCUUUUUAAAGAGCUGAUAUAUGAAUUGAUAUACUAAUUUUAACAAUUUCUCCAGUUUUUUUUUGACAAUUGAAGGAUUAAUUGGAAAAUUAUGUCCUUGUCAAAUUGUCCAAUUAAGCAAAAUAGGAUGGCAGGAAUAGUUGAUAUUUUUAUGAGUUACUUUUUUUUUAUCCUGAUGUUUUUCAGCUUCAUUCCUGUCAUCACUAUGUUUAUUGUAAUAUAACUAGUCAUUGAAGCACCUGAUCUAUUUUAAAGAGCUGGAUCUCAAUGUUUGUAUAAGAUGCAGUAGUUCUUGGAUGAUCCCUCCCAACUCCACCACCAUUUUGCACAGGCAGGUUUUUUUUUAAAAAUUCCUGAACUUCACUUAUCUUGGUGAUCUAACUUAACUAAAUAAAGUUGAUACAUUUUUUUAGAUAUUCCUUUUGUCUGCUUACUGUAAGUAUACUGUAAUUUCCUAAUCUAGCACUACAGCUAGUUUAUGCUGAGACUUUGAAAGGUCUACAAACAGAGUCAUUUACUGAAUGUGACAAGCAAAAAAGAAGUUGUGCACCCUUCUGUAUAGAUGGAUAUAUAAGAGAGGAAUUUUUACAUAAAAUAGCCUUUGUUGGAGAGGUUUCUUUUUCAACUGCCUCCCCAGUUCCUAAAAAAAUUAAUACGCAUGACGAUUUCCUGAUUUUUUUUCUUAUCAACGUCAUGCAUUUUGAAGCUGUUAAUUGUGAGCAAAUGGUUUAUUAAGUAAACAGUGGUGUGUGCCUCAUGGUAUCUUCCAGCUAAUCCACUUGAUUUAAAUUCGGCUGUGAAAUUGAGCUGUAUUCACAACCUGAUCCCUCUGCAGGAUGAGAUCUGUAGAACACUUCUAAGGUAACAAAGAUUAAAACAUACAAUUAUUUUUUUGUACAACAGAAAUAGUAGUCAAUUUGAGGAUUGAACCAUUUGUAACUACCAAAAAAAAAGGCCAGUUAUCAAAAGAUUUGAUUAAACAUAGGGAUUGAGACUUAGUGAUUAAUUCCUUAAGUGUUGAAGUAUGUAUGAUGGUUUCUAUUUAUUACCUGUGCUAUUUCUAUAUGUAUCAAGCAAUAAAAGCACUUUGGCACACUA